CACUAACACGUCGUUAUGGUGAAACCAGGGUGAUAUAACCUAAAGCACUAAUGUAAUGUCACCGCGGAAGAGUAAAAGCUGCCUUUGCUUUUCAGUGACACAGAGAUAAAAUGAACACCAAAAGGAAGAAAUCAUUCAGAGCCGUGAAAUACACUUUAUUCGUGUGUUGCUACAUCUUUUGGGUGUUCAGUGCUCUCCUAAUUGCUGUUGGAAUCUAUGCCAAAGUUGCCAAAGAGUCAGAUGCAGUGGACACACUGAUGGCAGAUCCAGCGCUGUUGUUGAUCAUUGUGGGUUCUCUCAUGUUCACCAUCACGUUCUUUGGCUGUUUUGGAGCUCUGCGCAACAUCUCCUUGCUGCUCAACCUGUUUGUAGGAAUUUUGCUGGUCAUUCUGCUGCUGCAAGUAACAGCUGCUGUUUUGAGCCUUUUGUUCUCUGAAAAGAUUCAAGAGAGGACAGAGCAGCUGAUGAUGAAGGCGAUUGUGCGCUAUCGUGAUGACCAGGACUUGGAAAAUGUUAUUGAUUUUGUACAGAAAAAGUUCCAGUGCUGUGGGGUGGAUUCCUUUUUAGACUGGUCUAAAAACAUGUACUUCAACUCAUCAGACCAAAAUCCCAGUCUGGAGGCCUACGGAGUGCCCUUCUCCUGCUGUAUAAGGCUGAAGAAUGAGACCGUGUUCAACUCUAUGUGCGGCUAUGAAACCCAGAAGAUGAAGCAAAGUGCGGCCAGUCGGCUCAUCUACACCACUGGUUGUCUAGAUGAGAUUGUCUGGUGGGGAAAACAGAACCUUCUGCUGGUCGGAGGGAUGACCCUCGUCCUACUGUUCCUUGAGAUAUGUAUGAUGUCACUGGCUUCAGUACAGCUCUGUCAAAUCAGAACCGUUCAACAGAAGAAGAGGAAAUCUAACAGGACCCAAAACCUUUGUUGCAACAGAAAGCCUUGACUGGUUUUGUAUGACCACUUU